AUGCCCAUCGUGAACCACGUCGUCCUGGCCUCGGGAGCCGUCGUCGCCGUCUCGGUGGCCGUCGCCGCCGCGCUGGCCAUGUACGAGUCGCCUGAGCUGCGACGCUACGCCGACGACAUCCGGCGACGCAUCGCCAUGACCCUGCACUCGAUGGGCGACGGCAUCAACCCGCCCCACCGCGAGCCCCGGUUCAACAGGCCCGAGGACGCCGAGGGCUUCAUGCUGUCCCGCGGCGGAGCCCGCGCCGGCGCCGAACCCGGUGUCGAUGCCGAUGACGAGACCCGCAGGAGGCAGCGCGAGGAGCUCCUCUACUGGAACAGGGUGCUGCUCGAGAAGAAGGACAAGGAGGAGAAGGAACCGGCUGCGCUGCCAGCCCCCAUGGAGAGACCCGCCGGCGCCCAUCGGGGGUCAUCGUUUGACGAUUUCCUGCGCAAGGACGAGGGUGCCGAGACGGGGGCGUACGUCUUCAAGAGUGGCGCCGAGGUGCAAGAUUCGCAGCCUGGGCUGCGGCAUCGCGGCGAAGGCUCACGAGGGUUCUCCUCUGCGCUGUACACGAACCCGUUCGCGGACGAGCACCACAUUGACAGCGACGACGUUGCGGAGAUGAGCGCCACCUUCAUUGCGCCUGGAAAGGAUGAAGGUUUGUCGGACAUUUACAGCGCAACCACGCGCGAGGGCGACGAUGUGCGCAGCGCCACGCUGGAGCCAUCACCCGCCCUCAUCGACAUUGUUUCGCACACGCAAGCAUCCCAGCAGUCUCCGUCUGAGCUACCAGGCACGCUGGAGCGCGAGCUCGCCAACGACGAGUACAUGUCUGCCGGGCAGGAGGACCGCCACGAGGCGUACGCAUCCAUCCAGGCGUGGGCGCAAGACUCGAGCCGCAACUUCUACUCGCCCCUGCCGGUCACGCCUGCGGCACCCAUGUCGGAGCCGGAGCUCGUCAGCGACGACGGGCAGCUGACGCCGACGGACUCGGUUUCCCUGGUCGGGUCCGGGGAGGACCUCGCUCAGGACGCACGUUCGCUUCGCGCGGCCGAGACGGGUCGGCCGUACGACGUGCUCAGCGCCAGCGAGGGGGUGCUGACGCCAGUGAGCUGGUCCGAGGUAGGCAGUGUCAUCAGCGAGAGCGACGCCCACGGUCCCGUGCAAGCAUAG